CGGCUUCAGACCGGGUGUGGCUCCAACUCUCACAAGUUGCUCCUUUCUCUCCCACUUCGUAGCUGGUAGCUUUCGAGAAGAGCUCAGGCUGCUCUUUUGACUGCCCUUUAAAAACUUCUACUUUGUAAGGCUUUGUACGCAAGGAAAUGGCAACUAAAGGAGCAUCUGUGAAGCCCUUUGCUCAAUUUGAUGCCAAACAAGAUGCAGAAGCCCUGUAUGGUGCGAUGAAAGGACUUGGUACUGAUGAAGACGCUAUACUACAGCUUCUGACAGCCAGGAGCAAUACCCAGCGACAGCAGAUUGCAGCAACCUAUAAGAAUUUAUAUGGAAAGGAUCUGGUUGAUAAUUUGAAGUCUGAACUGGGUGGAAAAUUUGAAACUAUAAUUGUUGGCUUAAUGACACCUCCAGUUCUCUAUGAUGUCAAUGAACUUAGAGCUGCAAUAAAGGGGGCAGGAACUGAUGAACAUGUUUUGAUAGAAAUACUUGCUUCAAGAACUGCAAAACAAAUCAAAGAGAUUGCUGCAACCUACAAAAAAGAAUAUGGUUGUGUUCUUGAAGAUGACAUUGAGGGAGACACAUCUGGUCACUUCAAGAGACUCUUAGUUAUUCUGAUGCAGGCAAGCAGAGAGGAAGGAAUUAAUGCUGGAUGUAUUGAUGAAGAUGCUCAGGUUCUGUUUGAAGCUGGAGAAAAAAAAUAUGGGACAGAUGAAGAUAAAUUCAUUACUAUUCUUGGCAACCGAAGUGCAGAACAUCUAAGAAAAGUUUUUGAUCAAUACAUGAAGAUUUCAGGGUAUGAAAUUGAAGAAAGCAUUACUAGGGAAACUUCAGGAAGUUUAAAGAAUCUACUUUUGGCUGUUGUCAAGUGUGCCCGAAGUGUACCUGCAUAUUUUGCCGAAAGUCUAUAUUAUUCCAUGAAGGGUGCUGGCACAGAUGAUAAGACUUUGAUUAGGAUCAUGGUAUCUAGAAGUGAAGUUGAUAUGCUGGACAUUCGAGCACAGUUCAGAAGAAUGUUUGCAACCUCUCUGCAUUCUAUGAUUAAUAAUGAUACUUCUGGAGACUACCGCAAGACUCUUCUUCUACUUUGUGGAGGUGAUGACCAUUAAUGUUAACUUGAAUUUAAGUCAAUGAACCAAAGCUUCCUAUGAUAUGUUGUAUUCUAAACUGUUUAUCAAUAAGGACCAAACUUUGAACAGAAACAGUGCUUUGUCUUGGUUUCAAAUCAUGUAUGAUACAUAAAAUUAAUGAAGUAAAGAUAAUUUUAGUUUCAGGUGUAUCAACUGAAACAUUUUAUCAUUGUUACAACUUGAAAAAUCUUAAUGACACAUGUGAAGUACUUUAUUGUUGAGUUUAUAGUACCUACAUAUUCAUUUAAUUUCACAGUAGUUACAUUUUCUUCAAGUUUUGAAUGUUUCAAAAGCCAGUUUUCUCAAAUAAGAAGAGGUUUUAGUUACUUUUUAAAAAUAAAAAUCUCUGCUUAAGAAAAUAAAAAUAAAAUGCAAAUCAAA